GCAUGCUCGGAGCGCGGCGCCCCCGACUCCUCGCUCGGCUGGGCUCGGGCAUUUCCGCCUCUUUGUUUUAAACUCCGGACGGAUUUUUUUUCCUCCUUUUCGGGGGGACCCGGAGGGAGCGGCGCCCCCUCCCCCUCUCCCCCUCCCCGCGCGGCCCCCGCGCGCGGCCCCGCCGAUCGGCGACUCGCAGCUUGUGAAGCUGCACAAGAUAUCACAAGGCUGAACGAAGUGGUACAUUGUCAUCAGUAUUUUUACAAGUAAAAUGAAGAUUAGUUUUUAAAGUUUCCAAAAUGUAGCAUGAGAUUCCAGUCUGUCUGCUAGAAAAUGGAAAAUAAACAAGGGACAGAGGAAAGGAGCAAGGGUGAAGAGCCAGAAUACAAACUAAGACAGACUACCCGGGAUAACAGAGUAAAGCCAGUAGCAUAAAAACCCAAUGAGAAGACAAACUGAAGACAAAGAAAACAUCUAGAAGAGACACCAAAGAUGUUGACCAGAAAGAUUAAACUUUGGGACAUAAAUGCCCAUAUCACAUGCCGCCUGUGCAAUGGAUACCUAAUUGAUGCUACCACUGUAACGGAGUGUUUGCAUACCUUCUGUAGAAGUUGCCUGGUAAAGUAUUUGGAAGAAAAUAACACUUGUCCUACGUGUAGAAUUGUUAUUCAUCAGAGUCAUCCGCUGCAAUACAUUGGUCAUGACAGGACAAUGCAAGAUAUUGUUUACAAAUUGGUACCAGGCCUCCAAGAAGCGGAAAUGAGGAAACAGAGGGAAUUCUAUCACAAAUUAGGCAUGGAAGUGCCAGGAGACAUCAAAGGGGAGACUUGCUCUGCAAAGCAGCACUUAGACUCACAUCGGAAUGGUGAAACAAAAGCCGAUGACAGUUCCAAUAAGGAAACAUCAGAAGAAAAACAAGAAGAGGAUAAUGACUAUCACAGAAGUGAUGAACAGGUAAGCAUCUGCCUGGAAUGCAAUAGCAGCAAAUUACGUGGAUUGAAACGAAAAUGGAUCCGCUGCUCAGCACAGGCAACAGUCUUGCAUCUAAAGAAGUUCAUUGCCAAAAAACUUAAUCUUUCAUCUUUCAAUGAGCUGGAUAUAUUAUGCAAUGAAGAAAUUCUUGGCAAGGACCACACACUCAAGUUUGUAGUUGUUACUAGAUGGAGAUUUAAGAAAGCACCUCUACUGCUACAUUACAGACCCAAAAUGGACUUGCUGUAAGAGAACUUUAGUGUCCUUUGGGACAGAGUUUUUUGCAGAGACUAUCACCAGGCACCUUCUCAGUGCAUCACUUAACUCACAUCACAUGACCCAGUAGAAUUGUUCUGGAGGACCAGUGAUCUCACAGCACACCAUACUUCAGAAUCUUUCUUCUGGGUGACGUGGGAACCAGAUUUCUGAAAGAGAAUAUUUAUACCUUUUUGUACGAAAAAAGAAUUCACAACUCAACAAGACACUACCAGCACUAAGUUUACAGAUUAUGAAAACACUUCACAGUUUUAUGUAGCUGAAUAGCAUUCGUCUCUUUGCUGCGAUUUCACAAGACAGAUUAAUAAAUGUAAUAGUGAUAUAAAUGUCACUUUCCUGACACCAAAUUACUUUUGCUUGCUUUCCAUGUCUUGAAAAGUGGAAUUAAUUUCAGUAUAUUUUAUGAAUUUGAUUUCAUUGUUUGCCUCAAUAUUUUGGCUUUCAUCCAGUCCUUCCAAAGCCACUUCAGAUCCCUUUUGGUGGUGAUUGACUGUAUUUAUGUUGCCUUUAACUUCCUGAAGACUUAGAAGAUUUUUAUUAAAAUUUUAUUUAAUAGCAUAUCAAUAGGGAAUUCCAUAAUUUUAUAAUUUAAUCAUGGCAUUAAAGUUUCCAUAUUAAAUAAAAGGAAGAUAAUAGUUCCCCCAGUUUGCCUCUAUAUUUUACUAUAUAGCAUAAAAUAUCAUCAGAUCACUUAACAAGAAUACUCACAAGUGCUUAAUAUGUUACUUGAACUUAUUUUAAGGUAGACGUGUCAUACAGAGUUAGAAGCUUGCAGAAAUCUGUUCUUAUUUGGGAGGUAACUUUUAUUUUAAAAAUAUAUCACUAGUCAUGAAGACAGUGCAAUAGAAAAUGUUUUCAUUCGUAGAGCUGAGUGUUAUAUAUUGUUUUUAGUUGUUUUAACAGUGGCUUACAGAACAAUUCUAGUUUUCUUUUAGUCAUUUCUAUGAAAAAAUUAUAUAAUGUGUUGAUAUCAUAAUUUGUCCGCUUGUCCUUCCCCCCCCUUCAUUUCACAUAUGUUUUAGCAAUCUGGAGAUAUAAUGGCAUUCUGUUUCUUAUUUAGGGGCCUGAUUUAAUUGAUAGUGUCUUGAGUAGUAACCACCAAAUUGAGUAGGUAAAAUUUUCAUUGAGGUCUUGGCUUGAGCUAGUAGCUAUCAAGUUGAAAAAAAAAAGCCCUCCUAAAGGCUGUACCAGCUACAUAAAAAGGUAAAGUAGAGAAAUGAGGCGAUUUCUAUCCAUUUUGGGCCAAACAAGGCCAACAUUUUUACCUGAUUUGCCCACAUUAUUGCCUUGGUUCUUAGCUUUGCCUGGUAUGCAUGUGUAUCCAGCCUGCAUUCUCUAUGGUAAAUGUUAAAUCUAGAAUGAUUUCUGCAAGCUACACAUUAUGACUGCUGACUGGUAUAGAAAGAGGUUAAAAAGGACUCAGAAUGAAUUCUAGUCAUUCUUGACCGAUAGAAGUUGCUUUUUACUUGAUAAGCUAAAAACGCCAGUCAGUAUAUGGUUUUGUUAAACCCUUUCAUCUCCAAAAUGUGGGUAUCUUUGGCUUUUUACAGAGUAGUGUCCCCUAUUUGCCAACACACAAACAUUUAUUAUAAUUGUGAUUUGGAGUCUUGACUAAGUAAGAGUGAGAAUGGAGCCAUUUACUGAAGUAAUCCAAGUCGAAGUCACCAAGUGAGCCCCCCACAAGUCUGGUGCACUUUUGGAUACAUCCCUCCCUCCUUGCUCCCCAUUUUUGUUGUGUUGUGAACUGGAGAAAUCCAAAUUGAAAACAUACCAUUAAUGCUGUUAUCCUCAGAGAACCUGGAGAUCUUGUGCAGUUCACCUUUCUCCCUCAGUGGUAACAGAGACUGAGGUGGGGUUGAGGAGGAGCCCGUGAUUCUAGGAUGUUUGGUCCAGCAUAGUAUCAUUGGCAACGCUGGCCCUUAGGAAACUCUGUCUUUCUCAGCAUGUAUUUCUUUGAAUUCAUUUUUGAAGGUAUAAUUGGACUCCUUUAUAUACUUUUUUUUCUUCCCAUUUCACGUUUCACAUGCAUGAAAUGGAAAGAAUUAAUAGUUAAUGCAACUUGAUUCUUAGCUAUAAGAACAGCUAAUUAAAUUAAUUCAAUCCACUUGACCAUAAAUUAGGCAAUUAAAACCAAAACACAAAACUAUUAAUUCAGACUAUUUAAAAUCAAUUUCUUUAUUAUAAACAGUUAAGUUCACUUCUAGUAUGGUUUGAAUUGUUGACGUAUCCAAGCUCAUAGCCUGAUACCCCAUCCAAAUCAGAUUUACCAUGUGAGGGUUUAAUGAUUAGAUAUGUGUAUAUAUAAUAAAUGUUACCUGUCUACCUCAAAAUACAUAAUCUGCUGAAGCAUUCUACAAGACCAGAAAUUACUGCAAUGCAAUUUUAAGCAAAACAUUUAAAACUUGGGUAGUUUCCUGUGUGAUGAAACUGAGAAAGGAUUAAACAGUAUCAACAUGCAAAUUCAGAUUAAAAGUAAUUCACAGUCAGUUGUAACUUGGCCUCAUAACAAUCUGCAUUAUACAUAUUUGUAAGUUUGUAGCUAUCUUUAAAAUCACUUGAAUUUGCUAUGGUGCUAUGUCAAUAUGUUUAAAUAUAGGUAAUCUAUGUAUAGGUAUGUAGGUAAUAUAUGGAAGCCAGUAUUAACAUCUCUAACUGGUUAUUGAUUAUUAAUUAUUGUGUUUAACUCUGCUUUUGUAAGUGUGUUAACCUGAUAAAACCUCAGUGGCAAAAGUACCUAUUUUUCUAAAAUUGCAUCAUGUCAAAAAUCUCUUCACAACAGGACUGUUUUCCCUGGGGAGUUUUCUGCUCCAUUUGGCUUAGCUUAUUGUAGCUUUCUCUGGUAAGAGGGGCUGUGCCUAAGUAAAUGUCACCGGCAGAGGGACGCCUCAAAGUCAGACUCUGCUUCCUUCGCCUUCUGUGGAGCUUCAACAAACAUUUCAUUCAAGGCGGAAUUGGUUAAAAUGUGCAUUCUUUCCCCCAGAAUGAAAGCCAGGCUCACUUUGUGUUUGGAUAAUCAUUCAGAUUUGUUCAGUACUUUCAUGCAGGUGGAGUUACUGUGAAGUAGUUUUCACCACUAUUUAGCUGGUCAAACAGUUGCAGCUCAGUUAUCUUGUUGAAUUAUCUUCAGCAGCAGUGAGACGGAUUCCCCAGGCAUUAGUCUCACUAGAUAGAGUUUUCAUUGAAAAUAGAGAAUUCAGAUAGAAUAUAUAAUAUUGAAUUUAAGAUUUGGGGGGUUUAAAAAAAGAAGAAAAGUUAACUUUAUAAAAUUAUUUAUUCUAUUUUAAGCCUUCUAUCAUAAUUUACCAUCCAAAUAUUUUGUUUUCCGUGGUCCAGCUUUAUUUACGGGCAUAUAAAAUGAAAUUGUGAGAUGUUUUACAAGCUUCUUUUUACCUUGAGUAGCUUUUGAUUUGUACGUUUUUGUUUAUAUGGAUGAAGAGCAUGACUUCUGCUUCUGUGCAAUAGGUUCAAACGUGCAUUUAUUAGACCUAUGUUGAAAUGGCAAUGUAGCAUCUACUCACUGCUGAACUGAAAGGUAAUUAAUUGUAGGUGGGAUUUUAAAGUGUGUACAUCCAGCUACUUGGGUUUCUUUAUCCCACUUUUUAUUUCUUUUUCUAAUUGUAAGAAUGACAUUUUGAGAUUAAAAUUUUGUGUGUGUGUGUGCGUGUGUGUGCACAUGCACGUGUGAAAGAGCUACCUGUCAGCAAUAUUUACAAAUAAAUGAUUGGGCAAGAAACAUUCAUGUGAAGUGUGGACGCGUUCUGCAAGACUGGCCACCUGUCUGACAUUGCUUUGUGCCAUUGUUAUGUGUGGUAUCUUUGUGUACCAUCUAACCUGGGAAUAUUUGUCUUAUUGGUUGUGCAGUCAUAUACGCAACGCUACAACCUCUGGGGAUAUGGGACCAUGUAAAAUAUCAGACUGUAGGAUGAUGGUGCUAUUUUUUCCAGUAGGCAACGAGCCUUUGAAAGCUUACCUGGCUCUUUGUAACAACAUAAUUAGUCUUUGGAGAUUCAUUGGACCUUUUCUAAUGGAAGAUAAUUGUAUUUUACAAUAAUUUGAAAUUUACCAUUGAACUAAAUGCUAUAUAGGAUCAAGCCAACCAGUUUAUACAUCAACAUAUAUGAAUAUUUGAUAAAUUUAUACUUAAAAGUAUUUUAAAAGAAACUUAAUGCACUCAGCUAAACUGUAUAUUUUACAGAAAAAAAUCCACAUUUCUGUAUUUCCUCAGGUAACUACAUAGUUCCACCACCUCACAGGUGUGACCUUAAAACAUAACUAAUGUGUUUCUUUGCUUUGAUUUAAAGGAAAUUGGGAGUCAAGAUUUGUAAAUCUUCCAUCCAAAUUAUGCUUAGGUCUUUAUAUUUAGUUUUCUUUCUAUUUAUUAAACACGAAGUUUAAAGAGAGAGCACUAAACUAAUUGGACAUCAGAUUGGCUUGGAAUUUUAGUAUAUUUUGGCAAAUUUUCAUCUCUGAAAAGAUUAAGGUUAAAAAAAAGCGCAGAAUUACAUUUUGUUUGUGCUAUCAUUACAUUAAUUCCUUCAUAUGUAAGCUUAUGUUUGAAGAAUGGGUUAAAGUUUGAAUUUAGCUUUAAGUAUAUGUAAAACAUUGGUGUAAAUGAGUAUCCCAAUAACUUUUAAUUGGGCAUAAAGGAAAGCAAUUUCUCAGAUGAGACAGAUUUAGAAGCAGAGGACAAUAGACAUUGCAACCACUAAGCCUUUAACAUCGUUGUGUGGCAAAAGAAAGACCUGAAAUGAUCGCAGUCUGGAGAAAUGAGACCGCAGAUAUUUUUGACUGUUUCAUUUGAAAGUUUACAUUUUUUUAUGCUUUGUGUUGCUGUGUAAUUUUUGUACUCUUGGUGGCUAGUUUUUUGUCUAAAAAUCUUUUUGGAAUAUUGCUUAAUGUUUUGAUUUUAUGAUAGUGAAGCUUGUAUUCAGUGUUUUGCCAAUUAAUAUUAUAUGCUUGUAAUAAAAGCAAAAAAAAAAAGCUCACUGAAUUUCUGUCAGGCUGAAAGUUUAUUAUCCAAAAUUUGUAUAAGAGUAUUAUAAAAAUAAUUUCCUAGUAUACUACAGUGGUAAUAUGAAGAUGCUGUUAGCUGCUAGUACAAACCUUUACUAGAGCCUUGUCCUUUAGUUCAGCCAGUAUUUAAUAUAUCUUCCACACCUCUGUGAUCACACAUCUCAGCCCUCUUGUCAGAGUACAUUUGCUGCUCACUCUCACCGCUGACAUUUGUAAAAUGUCAUAUUACAUCUGAAACGUCAUUUAAGUUAGCCAAAUGUUUCUGCCAAAUGCUUGGCAGAAACUGUACAUAAAGUGACAAAUGUUGUUCAUCUGUUACAUGGAGAGAAAAACAGAAUUUGGAUGCUUUGGUCUUCGGUUUACGUACACCACUGCAGAUAUUCUCAGCAACAGUAAUGGUAGCAUUUCGCAUUGCUCUUGGUGUGCUGACUGAUUAGAAUGAAGUAUUCUGUCACCUGCACUGAACAGAGGAGAAAAAAAAUACUCAGGCCAGAUCCUUAAUUUUCAAAGGUUAAUAAGCAACAUAAUACUUUUGUUUGCUUUGGCAGAAAGUUUAGUUAGUAGGAAGAGAGAAUGUAAUGGCUAGUUAUGCCUUCUGAAAGGUUUAGGGCCAUUAACUAGGGUUAAAAGUAAACUUAGCAUCAAGCAAUUGGCUUGAAAUAUGGGUCUCAUUUGGCUGAUUUGGUAAGUUCUUUGAUUAGCUCUUAAGGUUAUCAAGAUUUAUGCCUGGAAUUGUGUAUAAAAGAAUUUGUUGCUCUAGGAUAUCUUAGUGAACUAUAAAGCAGAUGUUACGCUGGGUGUGUUUCUUUGCAGUAUCUGCAUACAGCAAUGUCAAGUUCCAAAGUUAUAUCACUUUUGCUGCUUUUCUUCAUAUUGGGAGAUUCAAAAGAACUUAUUUUCUGCUACUGAAUUGCUAUUGUAAAAUAAAAUGGUCACCGCUGUGGUCUUAA